GCAACAGCCCGAGGGUGGUUUUGCCUUAGGGUCGGGUCCCGCUUGGAGCAAAUGAAGGAAGUAACCCGCGUCCUGGAUCUUUCGAGAAGGAGUUAUUGACAGCCGCGAAGGGGAAAGGAGGGAGGCUGUGUGGACAAGUCAGGACUGAGAGUGAGGAGUCACAUUUGGGUUAUUUCAAGAUGAGCUUCCUACUGCCCAAGCUGACUAGCAAAAAGGAAGUAGACCAGGCGAUAAAAAGUACUGCUGAGAAGGUGUUGGUUCUCAGGUUCGGGAGAGAUGAAGAUCCUGUCUGUCUGCAGCUAGAUGAUGUUCUUUCUAAGACCUCUUCUGACUUAAGUAAAAUGGCUGCUAUAUACCUGGUAGAUGUGGACCAAACUCCAGUUUAUACACAGUAUUUUGACAUCAGUUAUAUUCCAUCUACUGUCUUUUUCUUCAAUGGGCAGCAUAUGAAAGUGGAUUAUGGCUCUCCAGAUCACACUAAGUUUGUGGGAAGUUUCAAAACCAAACAAGACUUCAUAGAUUUGAUUGAAGUAAUCUAUCGAGGAGCAAUGAGGGGGAAGCUUAUUGUCCAGAGUCCUAUUGAUCCCAAGAAUAUUCCCAAAUAUGACCUCCUCUAUCAAGACAUUUAGCACAGUAACCGCUGUCAGAGAUGAAGAAAAAGGCACAUCUUGACAUGAUACCUGAAUCCGGCCGUGCUGUUUUUCUGGAGUCCUUUGGAAACAUGCCCAGUGUCCCAGAGGAGAAGAGGUUUGACUUGUCUGUAGAAAACUUGGCCCCUGAGUGAAGACCCCACUGGUUCUCUGAUGACCUGGGAUGCCUGUCUACACCCUGCGAACCUCAGAGCAGCCAAGUCAAUGGUGUUCAUUUUCUACCACGGUGAUUUUUUCACUUCUCUUCAUAAUGUUAUUCUUUAUCCCUUUAAUACAGAAUCCUUCCAGACAUUGGCCAGUACAGUUUGAUUGAACCAUCUUCAUUUGAUACACAAGUGAACUGCAAAGUCAAUUUCCAUGGAAGCAAAAAUACUUAUUUUCUACCCUAGAUAGGUGCGUGCGUGCACACAACACACACGCGCACACACACCCACACGCACGCACGCGCUCACACAGACACGCACCCCUUCACCCGUUCCUCCGCUCAUACAUCUCUCAUGCUUCCCAUCUCCAGUUCUUACUGCUGUAGUUUCUCUUCAGAUAAUUAAUGGAGCAGACAAGUUUGUUUUAUUUUGGAGCCUUUUUGGCUCUGGCUUUUAAAUGUUGUCCUGGUUGGCUCCUUUAAUUAUGUUUUUGUUAUAAAAUUGUAUAUGAAAACAGAAUUGGAACUUUCACCCUCCACCACUCUGCUGAUGUAAAACAAUGAAUUAGCCACCCUUAGCAGGAGCAGAUUUUACCCAAAAACUGCUGCCUCUUCCUGAGGCAGAAAAUUUUAUUACUAGGGCUCUAAACUAAAAGAGAUGUCAGAAGUGUUAGAAUGAAGUGUCACCUGUAUGGGAUUUGCCUGUUUAAAUAACUGAGAAUUCUCGCUCUUCCAGGGGCACCUAGCACAACCAUGGGCAAGUUACCACACCUCUCAAAACCUCAUGGUGGUUAUUGAAACUGACUCAUUAGAAGGAGAGGGUGGGCGCAGAGCUGGAGGACCACAGGCGAGGCAGCUCGUAAUCUGCUUAGCAGCCGCUGACCUCCUCACCAACAGAAGCCCAGUCCCAUUCAGGGCAGCACUGUCACUGCAAGUCCAGCCACAUUUACCAGGGGCUCCAUUCCACGCCUUUCUGCAGAGAGGAGUGCCAUGAGCUUGUUUCUAGCUUCUGAGGCAGUGGGGGAAGGCUGCUCGGCACUGCUUGUGUCCCUGCUGAUGAAAGGAGGGAGUCCCUCCAGGAAUAAGACACAAAAAGAGAGAAGGAGCCCACCACCUAUGUCCUCUCCCAUCCUAUGCUUCCUGCCACUGGUUUAAUCCUGAUGCAUGGAGCUACAACAGCCAUCCUAGGCCCACGAGGUGCCCAGCGUCAGGUAAACAUCGAUAUGCUAAGAACAAAAAGAGCCCCGAUCCCUGAUAUUAUUGAGCUACUGCGUGAACUCUGGACCUGCCUCCCUCCACACUUCUGUGAAAGAAUAAAAUUUUUUUGCCUACGUCA